AUGACUACACAAAAAGUUGAAGCAACGAUAGAUGUUAAAUCAGAGAAUUUCCAUCAAACAUUCGAAGAAUCCAUACUUGAUUCAUCGACAUCGAAAGAAUCCUGUUCCUAUGAAGAACUAAUUGCUGCUAAUGAGCGACUAAAAGCGAACCUAUCGAAAGUCUUUACUGAAUUUGUUAAUAAAGCUCGUCUGGAACAAAACGUUGAUGUUGAUCAGAAAAAACGUAAAAACCAACGCGAUGAUGGCGAAGAAGAAGACGAAGAACAGCAGCAAGAUGGAGAUGAUGACGAAGAUGAUGCUGGAUCAUCGGAUAAUGACGAACAAGAAGAAUAA